UUUGAAUUUGGGCUGAAACCACAACCGGAAAGGAAACGGAAAUCUAAACACUACUGUAUAUUUAACCGCGAUCUGCGAAGAAGAAAGUGAAAGCGCGAACCCAAAAACUCCUCUUGCUAAAGCUUUUUGCUUCCAUCGAAAGAAAGAAAGGUGCUCUCUGCUUGACUGCCUUUUCUCGCUGUCCAUCCAUGUCUUUUCUUUCAAUAUCUUGGAAUCAGUCUACGAAAGGCAGUUCCUAUUGUAAAACUACAGCCUUUUAUGUUUUUGGGUAGAUCGGCUUCCGCCAUUUUCUUCUGUUCUAUCUAUGUUUAGGGUUUAUAUGUGUUUGUUUUUGUCGGAUUUGAUAGUGCAACGAAAUUCGCGUAGUUUUCAUCUCGCCGACGGGUCAUCGUCGUUACAGUCUACCAUUUUGCGCAUGAACUGAGUUUCUUUAGUAGGAUUGAGAAAUCAGAAUUGAUUGGGGUUUUAAUGGAGUUUCUGGGUUCUGGGUUCAGCUUAGUAAUUUGAAAUCGAAAUUAUUUCACUUUCUUCGACUUAUGGUGAACUUGUUUUGGGGUCAUCAGAAUGUCAGGAGAAGAGGAAGAGAAUGCCGCCGAGCUCAAAAUUGGAGAUGAGUUUCUAAAGGCGAAAUGUUUGAUGAAUUGUGAAGUUUCUUUGAUCCUUGAGCACAAGUAUGAGCAGCUUCAGCAGAUGUCAGAGGACGCUACGAAUCAGAUGUCCCAGGUGUUUGAGAAAUCACUGCAGUAUGUAAAGCGCUUUAGCCGGUACAAAAACCCUGAUGCCGUCAGACAAGUGCGAGAAAUCCUAAGCCGAUACCAGUUGGCCGAAUUCGAGCUCUGUGUUCUUGGUAAUCUUUGUCCCGAAACUGUGGAGGAAGCGAUAACAAUGGUGCCAUCUCUCAAGUCAAAGGACCGGUCCCUCAAUGACGACGCGAUCGACAAAAUGUUAAACGAUUUGUCUUUGAUCAAGAAGUUCGAGUAGAAAGAGCGCGUGCUUCUUCGUUGCUGAUGAAAUCAUUGUACACAUGCUUUUUUUCCUCUCGCGAAGCAUACUUGACAAGAGUGGUGCAAAAUUGUUGCAGCUGAGAAUUUGCCAGUUAGAAAAUGAGUGUUGCUGCUUCUUUUUCCCUUGUUGUACAAAUCACUCGUUCAGAAACAGUUUCCUUUGUACGUGGAAUUGUUCUCGUGAGCUGGUUCACUGCUUAGAGUAAUGAAAUCACACUUUUCCCUGACUAUUACAAAAGGUUUUAUGCAUGAUGUAUAUCCUUGAUUUUGAAUUUUGCCCCUAGAGUAAUAAGAUUGGAUUACAGCUGAUACUCAUAACGGGAAUUUCCAGAUCAAGGUUAUGAAAAGUCCAGUAAUAAACAUCAGUGUAUAGC